CACUCUGUUAUCGAUAGUUGCAUACCUGUAGCCCCAACAUUUGUUGGCUUAAUUGUUUUUUUUUAUAAAUAACUAGUCCUAGCGCUAACUAACAAAUUCCCCAAAAUGCCCAUUUACGAGAGCGUUAUGCAGGAGAAGCCGCCUAUUGUCCUGGACAUCGGCACCGCCUAUACAAAGCUGGGAUUCGCAGCGGAGGCCUACCCGCGAAAGAUUAUGCCCACGGAAGUGGUGAUGACCACGACAGGGAUCAGGAAGCGUCUGUUCGACUACGGUUCACCGGAGGAGCUCUACGACCAGCUGGUGGACUUUCUGCAAACGAUUUUCUUUAAGCAUCUGCUGGUCAGCCCAAAGGAGCGAAAGUUCGUAGUGGUGGAGAACGUAUUUGGGCCCACCGUGCUGCGCGAGACCUUGGCUCGCGUCCUUUUCGUCCACUUUGAUGUCUCCUCGGUGCUUUUUGUGCCCGUACACCUCAUCGCCCUGUCCCCGCUGGCCGUUCCCACCGCCCUGGUGGUUGACAUCGGCUACAGCGAGACCAGCGUAAUGCCAGUUUUCAGCGGUGUGCAGAUAAUGUCCGCCUUCAAGGAUCAAAGCUAUGGAGGCAAGGCCAUUCACGAGGAGAUCAAGCGUCAGCUGGUGGAGACGGGCGUAAAGGAAAGCCUGCUGUCGGAGAGCGUGCUCGAGGACAUCAAGGUGCGAACCUGCUUUGUGACCACCAUAGAAAGAGCCCAGGCGCGCGCCAAAGGUGGCGAGGAUCAGCCGAAACCAGCGCCAGAUGUGGACUAUAUCGUCAGCGACAAUGAUGCGGUAAUCCAAGUGCCCGGCAUUUUGCGGGAAAGCGUCUACGAGAUCAUGUUCGAGGCCAGUCACGAGCGGGACAGCCUGCCGCAUCUCAUACUGCGCUCCAUACUCGACUGCACGCUGGACGUGAGACGCGCGCUGGUCGAAAGUGUGUUUCUCGUAGGUGGUGGGUCAAUGGUGCAGGGUUUGUUGGCCCGAUUGCGCCAGGAACUGCAGCAUCUGCUCACCGAGGAUCCGUUCUACGCCGAGCGCUUUCACGGCGAUCUGGAGUUCAAGUUCUUCAACGCCAUUGGCAAGCAGAACUUCACCGCCUGGCUGGGCGGCGCCUUGUGUGGAGCGACUGACCUCAUCCAGACACGAUCCCUCGUCAAGGAGACGUAUCUGAAGAGUGAGCACGUUCCCGACUGGAGCAAUCUGUGCGACAAUCGGCCAACAGGCUCUUAGGUUUUUGAGGAGAGCCUUCAGGAGACAACUAACGCGUACUAAUUUAAUCUUUAUAUUACUGUAUUAUAUUUAUAGGCCUAAAGUUAACUGCAAGUAAAAGGUAUAAAAAAUAUAUUUGUAAACAAUUGUUUAUGAAGUGCUUAGAAA